AUGGAUGAAAACUGGCAAUCCAUUCUUCAAGAGGCUCUGGUUCAUCCCGUGGAGUCGUUGUCGAGUUAUGUACACGUGUGUCUUGUGAGCACACUGGAACGACUGCUCCUGCUGCUCUCGCUCAUUUUGAAUGCCUACGUGUGCAUUCUCUUUGUCAAGACAUGGAGAUGGCCUCAAAAGCAAAAGAAACUCGACGAUGAAAUGCAUCUACAGAGAAUUCAACAAUUCAUUCAAGGCCACAGCAAGGUGUUGACAUCCACCGAUCUGGAUGAAGACAACAAGGAAGAAAUUCCAUAUUGGCGCGUUCCGAAAGCAGGGCACGAGAAUGCACCAUCCGAAGACAGGAAACAAGCGCGCGACCAAGAGACAUCCUGUACUGCCAACGAUGAUACAACAUGCUGUAGCAGUAACCAUGACGACGACAACAACAACAAUCUCCGAUCUGUGCCGGGAGAAUGUGCCAUUUGUUUUCAAGACUAUUGUACGGGCGACAAAAUUAUUUGGUCUUCCAAUCCAAAUUGUGUUCAUUGCUAUCACGCAGAAUGUCUGCGGCAAUGGUUGUUGCCGUGGAGGGAUCGAAACAGAUUGUGUCCGUGUUGUCGGCUACCGUAUUGUCACCAAAAACUACAAUGA